AAUCUGAUGAGAAGCAGAAGUAAAUGCAUCUCACUGGUCUCUCUAACGCUCUUUGAUAUUUUGUUAUUACACAAAGCCACUGAUGUACUCUCUCUCUCUCCUCCAACACACACGCUGUCCUUUUCCUACAACAAAAUAAACAGAUCAAAUCCAAAAUCCAAAAUCCAGAAUCAGAAACCCAAUUUUCUUCUCUUUAAACCCAGUUUGUUCAUGAAGUUUUUCCACGACACGGCACAAUCAAUCACCCCGUCUUGCUCCGCCCCAAGAAACUCGGUCACAGUAACAGUCAUGGCUCAGGCCGGAGGAAGUUUUUCUCCGAGAAUGCCUUGAAGAAUUCUUCCAUCCCGCCAUUCCAGGAACAAGAAGGUGUUCUCUGUUUUCGUAGCGACGGAGAUGAAGUACAUGCAACUUGGAUGUCGACCCGACACUUUCUACACCGCAGAAGCUGUAAGGUCUGUUUCUUCUGAAAUCUUGAGUGAUCUCAUUAUCCAAGUGAAGUCCACAAGAUACCUUCUCCACAAGUUUCCGAUGCUGUCCAAAUGCUUGCGGCUACAGAGCUUGAUGUCUUCAAAAUGCCCGGAAACCUCGCAAGAUCAAGUGAUCCAACUUCAAGAUUUCCCCGGCGAAGCUGAAGCAUUCGAACUCUGCGCCAAGUUCUGCUACGGCAUCACCAUUACUCUCAGCCCUUGCAACGUCAUUGCCUUGCGUUGUGCGGCGGAAUAUCUCGAGAUGACGGAGGAAGCCGAGGCCGGGAACUUGAUUCAGAAACUGGAGCUUUUCUUGGAUUCUUGCGUUUUCAACAGUUGGAGAGAUUCUCUCCUCGCUCUCCAGUCCACAAAGGCCUUAGCUUCAUGGUCCGAGGAUCUGGGAAUCACGGGCAGAUGCAUCGAGGCGAUCUCGAGCAGAGUAUCUGCAGAUUCAGAUGAUCCGGACACGGGUUUUUUACCGAGGAGCUACUCGAGGAGGGGAAGAGAUGAAAUCCUCUGCAAUGGAGGAAGAAAGAUGGAGAGUUCACGGUGGUGGGGCGAUGAAAUUGCUGAGUUAUGUAUAGACCUUUACUGGAGAACCAUGGCUGCCAUUAAAUCAUCAAACAAAGACAUACCUUCAAGACUUGUCGGAAACGCUCUCAGAAUCUACGCAUCUAAAUGGCUUCCAAGUGUCAGGGAAGGCAUUGAUCAAAAGAAACAGAGGAUUUCAGAUUCAGAGCCAGGAUGUUCGAAGCACAGACUGGUGUUAGAAUCUAUCAUUAGCCUCCUCCCGACGGAAAAGCGCUCUGUUCCUUGCGGUUUUCUGCUGCAGCUACUGAAAAUGACAAAUGUUCUGAAAGCUUCAUCUUCUUCAAAGACAGAGUUGGCGAUAAAGGCCGGGCAUCAACUGGAUGAAGCGACAGUGAGCGAUCUGCUGAUACCCUUAUCAGAUAAGCCGGGUAUCUUAUACGACGUCGACAUUGUGAUGACAAUGGUGAGGGAGUUUCUGUCACAGACGUCAAGAAUCAUCAGUUCUCCAAGCUCAAGAACAAGAACUGAAAGGAGACGGUCUCACUCUGAAGAGAAUAUCAACUUGGAUCUGCAAGAAAACAGAGUAUCUCCUCCUCCUCCUUUACCGGCUUCGAAUCUGAAAGUGGCAAAGCUUGUGGAUGCUUAUCUUCAAGAAAUCGCCAAAGACACUAAACUACCUUCUUCAAAGUUCGUUUUAUUGGCCGAGAUGAUCCCAGGGCCCUCACGGGUUAACCAUGAUGAACUAUACAAGGCCAUUGAUACAUACCUUCAGAAUCAUCAAGACAUCGAAAAGGGAGAGAGGAAGAGGCUAUGCAGAACCUUGGACUGCAAGAAACUAUCACCGGAAGCAAGCAAACACGCUGCACAGAACGAGCUGCUGCCACUGAGAGUGAUAGUGCAGAUCCUUUUCGUGAAGCAGACUAGGGUUUCAACGGUUACUAAUGUCAGAACCGCUGAAACAGAGGCUUUGAGCAGAAGCGUGAGCACAAAUACGAGGUUACCCACUUUGAGAAACAACAUCAGGAGGGAGGAAGAAGAAGAAGAAGAAGCUGCAGAGAGAGGGUUGAAUCCAGAAAGACGGAUUCAGAGUACUCCUUCGAGGUUCAAGGCGUUUUACGCGAUUCCCACUCAGCCGAAGAAGAUAUUAAGCAAGUUGUUGUCGAUCAAUAGAAGCUUGAGACAAAGGAUCUGAGCUGAGUUUAGGGUUCAUCCCCUUGCGAAGCAGAGUUUCUGUCUGAAAAUUUGUUUGUUGUCUGAUACAGUAAGUAACACACAGAAAUCUUGAGCGACAUUUUCUGUAAUGUCUCUAAUGUUAUUUAUCAAUUCGUUUA